CACCCAGCAGUUGGCGUGAGGGGCUGCAGGAGCUUGGGGGCUGGUGGCAGGAACAAGUCUCUUCCGACCCCAUGGAGCUGUAUGAGACAUCCCCCUACUUCUACCAGGAACCCCGCUUCUAUGACGGGGAAAACUACCUACCCGUCCACCUCCAGGGCUUCGAGCCACCAGGCUAUGAGCGGACUGAGCUCAGCUUGAGCCCUGAGGCCCGAGGUCCCCUCGAGGACAAGGGUCUGGGGACUCCCGAGCACUGUCCGGGCCAGUGUCUGCCAUGGGCAUGUAAGGUGUGUAAGAGGAAGUCGGUGUCUGUGGACCGGCGGCGGGCGGCCACGCUGAGGGAGAAGCGCAGGCUCAAGAAGGUGAACGAGGCCUUUGAGGCCCUGAAGAGGAGCACCCUGCUCAACCCCAACCAGCGACUGCCCAAGGUGGAGAUACUGCGCAGUGCCAUCCAGUACAUAGAGCGCCUGCAGGCACUGCUCAGCUCCCUCAACCAGGAGGAGCGCGACCUCCGCUACAGGGGCGGGGGCGGGCCCCAACCAGGGGUGCCCAGCGAAUGCAGCUCCCACAGUGCCUCCUGCAGUCCAGAGUGGGGCAGCGCACUGGAGUUCGGCCCCAACCCGGGAGAUCAUCUGCUUGCGGCCGAUCCUACAGAUGCCCACAACCUGCACUCCCUCACCUCCAUCGUGGACAGCAUCACAGUGGAGGAUGUAUCUGUGGCCUUCCCAGAUGAAGCCAUGCCCAACUGAGAUUGUCUGCCAGGCUGGGCAUCCGUGUGAGGCCCCCAAGCUGGCCACAGAUGUCACUGCUUCUGAAGCAGGGGCCUCCUAAGCCAGGCUGUCCUGAUGCCAGGAAGCUGGUCCUGGGCUGCCGCAGACCAGACUGUCCCCUUCCUCGUUCAUAUAAGGUUAACCCGCCACCCCGUAAGGGAAUGGAUGCCCUCAUUUAGCUGACUCCUUAGAGCAGAGGGCAUCCCCCUUCUAAGGAGAUAAAGCAGGGGACCAGAAUGUUCCCUCAUGUAUGCCCCCGGCUCAGGGGGCAACUCAGGAGCUUCCUUUUUAUUACAACGCAGUCUCUAAUUCCACCCCCAAAUGCAACAGUUCAAGAGACAAAGACAGUGUCCUGACCUGGACAAGCUGUGCAUGUCUCCAGUUCUGGUCUCUUUCUGAUGUCAGUGGCUGGGCUGGGCCUGCCCUGAACUGCGAGAGAAGAAAGUGAGAGGAACAAUCCUCUGUUCCCAAGUCCCUGGGGGGCCAAGCUUUUGCAGUGAAUAUUGGGAACCUUCCAGUGGUUUUAUGUUUUGUUUUGUUUUGUGUGUCAUUUGUAAAGCUGCCAUCUGACCAAGGUCUCCUGUGCUAAAGUUGCCAGAGACAGGCAGGGAAGUGGGACGGGCUCUUGGGGUGAUUUAUUUUGUUAACUAAGCAUCGUGUGGUUUUGCCAUUGUUUUGUAUUUUUUUGCUAACUUAUUUGGAUUUCCUUUUUUAAAAAAUGAAUAAAGACUGGUUGCUAGAA